AUGGGAAAUACAACAACUAAGAGGAACGAUGUGUGUUCGAGUUCUGUAGACGGUGUUUACAAACAGAAAGAGGAUCAUUUCAAGCAGAUAAACGCGCAUUUUAGUGCAGGAUCCAGUGGUAGGUCUUUUGCCAGUGUCAGUAGCCACCAGUCCACAUACAGUUUUGCCAGACCUUGGUCCAGGGUAUCCAGAAGAAGGUGGAAAGAAUCGACUUUGACUUUACCGUACGAAUCCAGCAAAACCGCCUGGCCUGUAUCCCAAUUAGAGUCUCGUUUUUUGCCUGAAUUCCCGGUGGCUUCGUCCGAAAACGAAAAACGCUUUGACAUUUUGGAAGAGAUCAACAAAGGAGCUUUCGGCAAGGUCUACAAAGCGAAUGAUUCGAAGUCCGGAGGAACUUUUGCUUUGAAAGUGUUGUCCAAGUCAAAGGUUAUAAAAGAAAAUUCCGUACAACAAGUAAAAGACGAAGUACAAAUACAGAGAAUUUGUGGUCAUCAUCCGUUCAUUGUGCAUUGCCCUUUAAAUUGGCAAAGUAGAAAAACAUUAUUUAUUGUAAGCGAAUUCGUGGAGGGCGGAGAACUGUUCACGUUUCUGAAAAGAUAUUUAGCACUGCCUAUCGAACUGGUACGACUUUAUGUCGCUCAGAUAGCUCUAGCUUUAGAUUUCUUGCACAACGCCGGCAUCGUCUACAGAGACUUGAAGCCGGAAAACGUUUUGUUAGACUCGUUCGGCAAUGUCCAGCUGAUCGAUUUCGGUUUGAGCAAGUGGCUCCCGUAUGGUACCACAACGAAGACGAUUUGCGGCACUUUCCGAUACAUGGCACCGGAAAUCUUGGCGACAGAACCUUAUGGACAUGCAGUUGAUUGGUGGAGUCUCGGAAUUUUAGCGUGCCUAAUGCUAACUAACGAGUAUCCUUCCCCUCCUGUGGAUUCUGAACCAAGUCCUGAAGAACGAAAACCUGGUUCUCUGCCCCCGAAUGUAGAUUUAGAUGUACCUUCGCGAGAUUUGUUGCUGAGGUUGCUUCAAAUCGACCCUAAAAAGAGACUAAGAUCUGUUAGAACGUUGGAGACGAUAGCCUUUUAUAAAGGAUAUUCAUUUCUGGAUGUAAAAGAGAAACGAAUUCAACCUCAUGAUCUUGUACUAAAGUAUUAUCCAGAUGGUCCACCUGUUGUUGCGACACAAGGCGAUGUCUUCGAAAAUUUUGAUGUACAAAUUUGA